UUAAAGCCCAUUAUUGAUUGUCGUCUGAUCUAUAACACUCUGAACCUCAGGUUUAGGGUUUCUGUAAUCAAGUCUCCUUCGGCCGCCUGAGCAAACCACAAAUCCUCCUCUCUUCACAAUCCCUAAUCAUGGCGGAACAGACCGAGAAGGCCUUUUUGAAGCAACCUAAAGUGUUUCUCUGCUCUAAAAAGACUGCAAAAGGGAAUAAACCUGGAAAGGGCGGGAACCGUUUCUGGAAGAAUAUUGGAUUAGGAUUCAAGACCCCAAGAGAUGCCAUUGAAGGAACAUAUAUUGAUAAGAAAUGCCCCUUCGCUGGAACCGUUUCCAUCAGGGGACGUAUUUUAGCUGGAACAUGCCAUAGCGCUAAGAUGGUCAGGACCAUUAUUGUAAGGAGGAACUACCUACAUUAUGUUAAGAAGUAUCAGAGGUAUGAGAAAAGGCACUCAAACAUUCCUGCCCACAUAUCUCCUUGCUUUCGUGUGAAGGAAGGUGAUCAUGUUAUUAUUGGCCAAUGCAGGCCAUUGUCGAAGACAGUGAGGUUCAAUGUGUUGAAGGUCAUUCCUGCUGGAUCCUCAAGUCGUGGGAAGAAGGCUUUUGCUGGAAUUUAAAUUAUGAUGUAGGGGUUUCCGCUUUUGAUACAAAAAGAAAAGAAGCAAGAAAGAACUUUUGAGAGUUGUAGUAGGGGCCAAUAUUUGAUGUAAGAGGGGUUUUGAAAGACUUAGCAGUCUGGAUUUUGAUAUGAAUAUGGACUGUUUUAUUAUGUUCUAUUUGCUGUGAUUUCUUGUCUAAUUUGGGUUUUUGGAAGUACCAACAUCUCCUUCAUCUCUAUUAGGUCAUUCUAAUACAUGUCAGUUUUAUAUUUA